GGUUGAUUGCAGAACCUGAUCUCGAUCGGGGGCGCCUGUUUUCCAUGGGUUCCAUAUAUAAACUUCGGUUGACGGGGUUGGGGCGGUCAAUGAGUGAUUGUCGGUGAGAAAGUGAUAAACUUGAGUCGCUAUGAAGAUCAUCUCGGCGAUACUUGCGCUGGCCAUAGGAUCCUCGCAAGCAGCGUACCAUCCAUUCUACCAUGGCUAUAAUCCGUUCGCAGCCUUAGCAGCUCUUGGAUUGUAUAACCCUCAUAUGUUCCCAGCGCCACACGUUCCAUAUUCCGGAACUUAUUCGUAUCACGACGGUCAUAAACCCACGGUAGUACAAGCCAACAACGAUGGAUAUAAGUUCAAACCAGCUGCCAGGAUCGUACAACCUGUAUCGUAUGCUUACCAUGACGUACCUAAACCAACCAUAGUCCAAGCGAAUACUGCCGUGGUGCACCCUGUUCCACAAGUUGUCCAGACCGCGAUCUCUGGAGCUUAUCACGAUGGAAGUAAACCAAUUGUGGUUCAAGCGAAUCAUGGAGUCGUCUCUCAUCCGUAUGCUUCUCAUGUGCCAUAUCAUGGAACUUACGCUUACCACGAUGGAGACAAACCAACAGUAGUGCAAGCCAAUAACGCUGGCUAUUCCUAUCCUUAUGCUGCCAAGAGUUUGUACUCCGGAACUUACUCGUAUCACGACGGUUACAAGCCAACAGUUGUACAAGUUAACAACGGUGGAUACAAGCCACCUCCAGUUGUUCCCGUCUCACAUGCACCCAAUCCGUGGAAUCCAUGGGCAGCUCCUGGACUUGCUGCGUGGCAAUAUCAUUACGGAUAUCCAGGCUACCCACAUCCCUACAGCAUUCCUCAGAAGACCGUGGUACAGGCUAAUCUAGGCGGGCACGAUCCUUGGAACUAUGGAGCGUACUACGGGACGGGAAUCUACGGGUUCAAAUAUCAUAACUACGCACCUGCAGCUGUUCCAGUGCUGCGGAUAGAGUGAACAUUGGUUGAAGGACCCAUUUUUAUCUGAAGUAUCUGUUGGUAGCGGUGUGGAAAAUGUAUUGUACCAAAUAAUCAACCAAAAUAUUUAACACGAGCAAUUUA